CACUUCCUCUAUGGACUACGUUGUUUCCCAGUGAUUACUGUCACUGAUCGCCCACAUCUUCCGUAGCUACCAAAGAUUCUCAAGAUCCAUGCACGUUCGAGUUGCCGCACCAGAUCGGAACCGAAAACCCUAGAAUGCGAAAUUCUUUGUAGCAAAAACAAUAGGUUCGAACGAAAUUCGAGAAUGGGGAAACAGAGCGCGUGGGCGGUGGCGAUUCAGAAGAAGCGGUGGCUGCUGAUGAUUCUGGCAUUGUUCUCGCUCUCCUCUGCAAUGGUGUUCUUCAUGAGAACGGCAUUCGAUUCCUGCCCCACCAAUACUAGCAGUACUAGUAGUAUUAAUAAGCAUUUUGGAGAGGAAAAAGAUACAAACUCUCAGAUUUACGCUUCGAAUCCUCUCGAUUUCAUGAAGUCGAAGCUCGUCCUCAUGGUUUCCCACGAGCUCUCUCUUUCCGGUGGGCCUUUGUUGUUAAUGGAGCUAGCAUUUCUAUUGAGGGGUGUGGGCUCGGAGGUUGUUUGGAUUACGAACCAGAAACCAGCGGAACCAGACGAUGUCGUUUACAGUUUGGAGCAUAAGAUGUUGGACCGAGGGGUGCAGGUGUUAUCUGCAAAGGGUCAAAAAUCUAUAGAUACAGCUCUUAAAGCCGAUUUGGUCAUUUUAAAUACUGCUGUUGCUGGGAAAUGGCUGGAUGUUGUUCUCAAGGAAAAAGUUCCUCAUGUUCUUCCAAAGGUUUUGUGGUGGAUUCAUGAGAUGAGAGGGCAUUAUUUCAAAGUGGAGUAUGUUAAGCACCUCCCUUUUGUUGCAGGUGCCAUGAUUGAUUCACAUACAACUGCAGAAUACUGGAAGAACAGGACUCGAGAGCGUUUAGGGAUUAAAAUGCCUGAAACCUAUGUCGUACACCUUGGGAAUAGCAAGGAACUAAUGGAGGUUGCUGAAGAUAGUGUAGCCAAGAGAAUUCUCCGUGAGCAUGUCCGAGAGUCUCUUGGAGUGCGGAAUGAAGAUUUAAUUUUUGCCAUCAUAAACAGUGUUUCACGUGGGAAGGGUCAGGAUCUAUUUCUUCGUUCCUUUUAUGAAAGUAUGCAACUUAUCAAAGAGAAGAAACUGCAGGUGCCACCAAUUCAUGCAGUAAUAGUGGGAAGUGACAUGAAUACUCAGACAAAGUAUGAGAUGGAACUGCGGAACUUUGUACUAGAGAACAAGAUUCAGGAUCAUGUUCACUUUGUCAACAAAACCCUGACAGUAGCUCCUUAUCUGGCUUCCAUUGAUGUUCUUGUUCAGAACUCACAGGCCCGGGGAGAGUGCUUUGGGAGGAUAACCAUCGAAGCAAUGGCCUUUCAGCUGCCUGUAUUGGGCACAGCAGCUGGAGGAACCUUGGAAAUAGUGGUGAAUGGGACAACUGGUUUUUUGCAUCCUGUUGGGAAAGAAGGUGUGACACCUCUUGCAAAUAACAUUGUCAAAUUGGCCACACAUGUAGAAAGGAGGCUAACAAUGGGAAAGAAAGGAUAUGAGAGAGUGAAGGAGAGGUUUCUGGAGCACCACAUGUCACAGAGAAUAGCUCUGGUUUUGAAGGAAGUUCUUCAGAGGGCAAAGACCCACUCUAGUUCUUGACUUCGACCGGCACUCACUUCAAUCGAAUGAAAAAUUACCCAAAUCCAAAUGUAAUGGCGAAUCUCAUAUGCCUCAAAGGUCGUUAUACUUUAUAGAUAGCAAAAGUGGGUUGUGAUAUUGUAGUUAGUUUCCUCUGUUGUUUAUAGGAUGUUUGAAGACUCUGAAAAGGAGAGGAGUUAUGGCAGUUUUUAAUUGAAAAUUCCCUUGCUCA